CUUUUCCGCGUGUAGUUAGUUACCUGUGGAACGCGGGACCUUUGCGUCUGGCGCGGUUGUGUCCCUUGCAGAGGGAGUUUUACUUUCUUUGGCGGGAGACGAGAGAUUGUCUGCAGGUCCGGAACGUGAGGCCGUCUCGGGGUGUCUGGCGCGGCGCGAUGGAGGUAGUGGAGGCUGCCGCCGCUCAGCUGGAAACCCUGAAAUUCAGUGGCCCUGGCUCUGGGGUUGACCAUGGUGCAGAGGUGCGGUCUCCGGACUCAGUUCCCGCGCCGGGGUCGCUGCCGCCGCUGCAGUCGGAAGAGGGUUGCCCAGACCGUGAGCAGGCCGUGGAGGCUCAGCCUGCAGGGGAGCAACCACCACCGCCUUCCCCGAGCGCCGAGGCGGGCGGGAGCCCAGCGCCCCAGCCUGCGCCAGAACUGCAGCGCUGCGGGGCCUGCAUCACCGGCCCGGCCGCCACCGGGCUGGCGCAGACCCCGCUCUCCUCGGAGACCUCGGACUCGGACUCAGACUCGGACUCUGACAGUGAAACAGAUUCAGAUAGUUCAAGCUCCUCUUCUUCCUCAUCAUCUUCUUCCUCAUCUUCCUCUUCCUCUCAUAUAUCACUUCCUCCAGUGUUGUCAGAUGGAGAUGAUGAUUUACAAGUUGAGAAAGAAAAUAAGAAUUUUCCUCUUAAAACAAAAGAUGAAUUACUUCUUAAUGAGCUGCCUUCUGUUGAAGAACUCACUAUUAUUCUGCCUGAAGAUAUUGAAUUAAAACCUCUUGGGAUGGUUUCAAGUAUAAUUGAACAAUUAGUAAUAAUUGAGUCUAUGAAUAACCUACCUCCAGUUAAUGAGGAAACUGUAAUUUUUAAAAGUGAUCGACAAGCAGCAGGAAAGAUAUUUGAAAUAUUUGGACCUGUUGCACAUCCGUUUUAUGUGUUACGGUUUAAUUCUUCAGAUCACAUUGAAAGUAAAGGUAUUAAAAUCAGGGAGACUAUGUAUUUUGCUCCAUCAAUGAAAGACUUCACCCAAUAUAUAUUCACAGAAAAACUAAAACAGGAUAGGGGAUCAGAUGCAUCAUGGAAGAAUGAUCAGGAACCACCACCAGAUGCCUUAGACUUCAGUGAUGAUGAAAAAGAAAAAGAAGCCAAACAGAGAAAAAAAUCUCAGAUUCAAGGCCGGAAAAAACUCAAAUCUGAAUUUAAUGAGCCAGGUGAAGAUUUUGCUGAAGUUCAUCAGAAUUGGAAUGCUUAUAGCCCUUCUUCAGAACAUUCAAAAGGAUAUCGCAACAGGGAAUUCACACGAGGAUUUUCUAGGGGUAGAUACCCUCGAUCUUGCCACAGCAGGCCUCCAGCUCAGCAGUUUUAUAAUUCAGAACAUAUGGUAUCUCAAGAGACUUUGGGAUUUCCACCUCAGAGACAAGAUAAUCCUAUUAUGCCACAAUACCCCUUUCCUCCGCCUGUGUUUGACAUGCAUAACUUUCCACUCCCUCCACCACCUCCAUCUGUAAACAUGGGUUGGGCUGCACCUAACAUGGCUCCUCAUCCAAUGCUUAACUUACCAUACUCCUUGCCCCCGCCUCCCCCUCCUCCACCACUACCUCCCCCACCCACUCCUGGAGAUAGUAAUUCUUCUCAUUUUGGAUCUUACUAUUAGGUGCAUGUAUGCAUUUCCAGCAAAAUGUAAACUUCUCAUAUGCUGAGGGUUUUUUUUUAAGGAAAAGAAAGUGAUUAUGGAACUAGAUUUUUUAAAACACUGUAAAAAUGCUAAAUGUUUCAGUUGUAAGUUGAUAUAUAUAUUUGUAACUUGUGAAAUUGUAUUCAUUUGAAAAUUUCAGCUUAAAUAUUUGGGGUGAAAUCCAAUUAUGUAAUAUUUAAUUAAAACUUUGAAUCAUGCUUUCCCCCACCUAAUAGACUAUAUAUAUAUUGUCUUYGAUAUGGAACAGAUUCCAUCAUGAAUUAAAAUAUACUGAACACUCAAUUGCCUUUUUUGGUAUAAUCUGAAAAUAAGAUGUUGAAGUCCUAUUGAGAGUCUUUAAAAAUAAACUAUUUUUAUAAACUUAUACUUUUGGAAUUGAUUUGGAUUUUAAAUGCAGUUUAGCAGUAAUUGUUUACAUAAAUAAUUUUUUAAAAGCAAUUGAGUAUAUAGAGGAGGAAAAUCAUCCUGGCAAAAGCUCUGACUAUAACUAAACUUAAUAUUUAUUAAUUAUGCAUAGGUAAGCUUUCAUUAUAUAUGCAGAUUUCUAUUUAGAAGCAAUUACUAUUUAACCACUUUCACAUUAAGAUGUAUUUAGGAAUUAUGUCUUCCAUGUUUUCCCAGAUUUUCACAUACCUGGCACAGAUUAGGUGCUUGAUAAAUAUUUAUUGAAUGACUGAAGGAGUUGAGAGUUUUUAAUUAAAUAAGUGUGGCUGUCACUUUACAUCAAGUGUAUAUGUAUGGGAAAUGAUGGAAUUUUAGAGCUAAAUUAGUCUAAACUAUUUCUCAUUUAAUAAAUGAGCCUUACUAA